AUGAAGUACAGCGGGCUCUACUUCAUCUCCAACCCCUCUACAAGCGUCGAGGCCGCCCUCUCCACCAUAACAACCCUCACCCAAAGCAUAGAGUCGACCUUCCAAACCGCCACCCGCCAACAACCAUGGUCCCUCUCCUACCGCGCCUUUCGCGAUGUGAUACCCCCCGGCUACACGCCGCCUACGGGCGCAGACGGUAAACCAGCGCCCUACCCGCAUUCGUACCAGCACAUGCUGCACCUCUCCACCCUCGCCCCGACCAGAACAUACAUCUAUGCGCAGCCCGCCGCACAACCCGCAACAACCGCUUCAAUUCCGCUGCGCCAGCAAGAAGCGCACGCCUCGAUGCUGCGGAACCAGUCUUCGGCGCUGUGGGCUCAGCGCCAUGUUUUCUCCGUUCGCGACGGGACCACCUACACCGCGGGCCUCUGCACUAUCCAGCUCGGCGAACUGCGGGCUACGCGCGAGGGACCGCAGUCGGGAGCAAUGCUUUCGCCUGGUAUAAUUCUCUGCAUUACCACCCUUGUCGGGGCGGAAGACGCAGAUGAGGGACCUGACGCUGCGUACGCGGCGGUGGAGAACGGGGCGCCGUUGGAUGCCGUUGAGCAGGGCGACGUUGAUUUCGAGUAUGCGCAGAAGGUUAUUCGUGAGUGUUGGGGGAGGAUCAAGGAAGGGAGGGAUUUGGGGCGCUCGGAAGUUAGGGAGUUUAUGAUGGCGGCUAGGGUUGAGGUGAAGAGGGAAUUGCAGCGCGACCAGGCGGUGCAUAUGUGGUGUGAUGCAUUGAGAAUCCGGGGCUGA